AUGGAGGCCCCGUGCGCUCGCAGCUUCACCUCUAGCAGGUCACUGCCUCGCGCCGUCCCCGUUUUCGCUCAUCCUCAAGCGCGGCCACGCCUGAAGACCGCUGUCCCCGCCCCCGCUUCUCCUUCCCCGACCGGCUCCUCCAUCGGACUCCGUCGAGCCUCGUCGCCCCCGACCCGAGCCGCCACGACAUCGCCGGAUCGCUUCUCCGGCCUCGCCCUCACCGGACCACCUCGACCCCCACUGCCUAACCCCUACCGCCCUUGUGAGCUGCCCCUCUCCUCUCUCCCCUGCGCGCCCUACCUCUCCCCCGCGCUCGGCUCCGCCGUCGCCCGCGGACAGCCUCACCCGUCCAACCUCCCGGUGCCCCGCCCGCGUGUCUCGCUUCGGCACCCUACCUCCGGCCUCCUUUCCACGCCCGCAGCCCCCACUGCCGCGUCGCCCCGCCUGGCCUCGCAAUUUCGCCGAGCCGCGCCUCGCUGCAUGCUCGUCGCCGCCAGCGCCUCUGACCGCGCGUCGCCAAACCCCCUGCUCCUCGCGUCGCCGCCCCCUGCUGCUAAAGCGCGCGCCCGCGCCGUUCCGUUGCCCCCCGCGCCGCCGCUGCCGUCCUGGUUGGCCGCCGGCGCCACCCCCUGUGCAUGCACGCAUGCCCGACCAAGGCCUCUGCCUUGCCUGGCUGUGCCACUGCCAGCGGGCCCUACCUAA